CGCGAUGUCUUCCGGGAAAUCGAGGAAGUAGUUGCUCCAGCCAAAACUCCAAAAUCUGACGGCUAAAGGGCUGGAUACGGCUUUGCCGCCGGAGCUCGCCGAAGACUACAAUUCCCAGCGGUCACUGGGCUCGAUCCGGCCUUGCCCCGAGAGAAGCUCAUUAGAGACUACAAUUCCCAGCAGCCACUGGUCUCCAGCCCGCCGCUGAGUGGGUGAGUCGGUGAGCUCUGUAGGAGGGGAAGUGGACCUCUCUGGCGCUUAGUCGUGACGGCGGCUGACGGCGACUCCCACGCGGUUCCCAGCUGCUUUCGAUCGGGCCAGGGACUCGUAUGAGAAGAUGCCGAAGGCCAAGUCCGCAGCGAGUAUCCGCCGGCGGGAUCGUCAGGAGCAGCGCCGCGAGCUAAAGCGAGCUGGAGGACUCAUGUUCAACACAGGGAUAGGACAACACAUUUUGAAAAAUCCUCUAAUCGUUAACAGCAUCAUCGAUAAGGCUGCUCUCCGACCUACUGACGUGGUGCUGGAAGUCGGGCCUGGCACUGGCAACAUGACUGUCAAGCUCUUAGAAAAGGCCAAAAAGGUAGUUGCCUGUGAACUUGACCCAAGGCUAGUAGCUGAACUUCACAAAAGAGUUCAGGGCACGCCUCUGGCCAGCAAACUCCAGGUCCUGGUGGGAGAUGUAUUGAAGUCGGAUUUGCCGUUCUUUGAUGCCUGUGUGGCAAACUUGCCUUAUCAGAUCUCCUCUCCCUUCGUCUUCAAGUUGCUGCUCCACCGGCCAUUUUUCAGAUGUGCUAUACUUAUGUUUCAAAGAGAGUUUGCUCUUCGCUUGGUUGCCAAGCCUGGAGAUAAAUUAUACUGUAGACUCUCCAUUAAUACACAGCUUUUAGCACGUGUGGACCAUCUAAUGAAGGUGGGGAAGAAUAACUUCAGACCGCCCCCAAAAGUGGAGUCCAGUGUGGUAAGGAUAGAACCUAAGAAUCCGCCACCACCGAUCAAUUUUCAGGAAUGGGAUGGCUUAGUAAGGAUCACGUUUGUUCGGAAAAACAAGACGUUGUCCGCCGCAUUCAAAUCAAGUGCAGUACAACAACUGUUGGAAAAAAACUACAGAAUUCACUGUUCGGUACAGAAUACUGUAAUACCAGAAGAUUUCAGUAUAGCAGAUAAAAUACAACAAAUUCUAACCAGCACAGGUUUUAGUGACAAACGGGCCCGGUCCAUGGACAUAGAUGACUUUAUCAGGUUGCUACAUGGAUUCAAUGCAGAAGGUAUCCACUUCUCCUAGACACUUCUCCUUUGAAAACUAUUUUUUCAAGACCAAGAAAAAAAAUGAAAUUAUACAAUCUUAAUAUUUGAGAAUACCACUGAUUUUGUUCUAUAGGACAUCAUUUACUUUUUAAUUAUUUAAUAAUAUUUUAUACCAUUUAUUAUCCUGCAUGUGAAAAGUGGUUGGUUGAUUUUAUUUAUAUAUUGCUUCUAGUGUUUUAGAUCUACUGCAAAUAUAAAUAUAAUGGUCUUCAAGUUUGAAAGCCGCAAACACGCACAACCAUACACUUAAGCUUUCUAACGCUGUCUGUAUGAAGAUGUUACUUUUAUUCAGUGUGCUGUAGACUGUGAGGCUCACUUGGGCUCACAGCUCACACAGCUGGUCAGAAAGCCCUGGUACUCCUCCCCAUUCACCUGUAAGGACUUAAGUAACUUUUCUUCACACACCUUCAUCCUAUAUAUAUAUAUUUCCUAUGUGUUAAUGUUUGCCUGUUGCAACACAAACAUUAUAAUUCUGGGAUUAUAUUCUGGGAUUAUAUUAUUAUUCUGGGACCUGGAGUUUGCUGCAGUGACACAGUACAGGCAUGCUCUUUAUACCUGUGAAAUUCAGCUUAGAAACUAAAAAUAAACUCAUGUUAAAUCACAUAUUUUCUUAAGAGAGACAGAUUUACAAUUUUCAAAUUUAGAAAAAUUCUGGAGGGUUUUGUCAAUCAAUAGGUUUCAUUAAUUUAUGACUCAUUUCCUUUCCUGAAUAAGAGGGUCUUUUUGAGGUUGAUAUCAAAUCUUGCCUCAGCCCCCUAAAUAAAUUCUGGGAUUGCACAUGGGUUCUACAAAGAAGGUUUUUCAGUUUCAGUUUUCAGCUUUUUAAAAGAACAGACUACAACUACAGGCUCCUGGUUAUUCCUGACUUCUAGAUAAUUACAAUUCUACUACCUGGUGUUUCUUUUUAAGCUAUUUAAAAACUGUCAGAAGAUAAAUGCUGUUUAUAUAUUUUAAUAAAUUAGCUAUUUUAUAUAUAA